AUGGGUGAAAUUGCGGAAUCAUCCGACGUUUUCCCACCUAUAACUGAUCUCAAAUCUUUUCUAGAAAAAUCAAAAGGUGAAUUCGAGCAAAGAUAUCACAUAAAGGCAUCUGCCGACAUUACCUUGGCAAGUUUCGACAAAAUAAGAGCUCUUGGGGCUGGAUCUUUUGGAACUGUAGUGUUGGUGAAAUACAAGAAAACUGGCCAUUUUUAUGCAAUUAAGGUAAUGGAAAAAGCAAAAGUUAUGAAACUAAAGCAAGUGGACCAUACACUCAAUGAAAAAAGAAUCUUGCAGGCAAUAAGAUUUCCCUUUGUUGUAUGGAUGGAUUUCUGUUUUAAAGAUAACGCAAACAUAUAUUUUGCUAUGCCGUUUAUCUGCGGUGGAGAAAUGUUCAAUCAUCUUCGCAAAAUGGGGAAAUUUGAUGAAAAUCUCUCGAAAUUUUAUGGUGCUCAAGUAGUUUUAGCUCUCGAGUAUUUACAUUACCUAGAUGUAUUAUACCGUGAUUUGAAACCAGAAAAUAUUAUGAUUGACAAAACUGGAUACUUGAAAGUGACAGACAUGGGAUUUUGCAAGAUAGUCAAAGGCCGAACAUGGACUUUGUGUGGCACACCAGAAUAUAUCGCCCCGGAAAUUUUACUUAGUAAAGGAUAUGGUCCCGCAGUUGACUGGUGGUCUUUUGGAGUGUUGAUAUAUGAAAUGUCUGCUGGGCAUCCACCAUUUUACUCCCGUGAUCCGAUGAAGAUAUAUGAAAAAAUCGUAGCUUGCAAGUAUCAUUUUGCAACUCACUUUAGUUAUGAACUGAAAGAUCUGAUUUACAAUAUUUUGCAAGUGGAUCUGACCCGAAGGUACGGAAAUUUAAAAAAUGGAGUCGAAGACAUUAGAAGACAUAAAUGGUUUAAGUACAUAGAUUGGCUAGCAAUUGUGAACCGGAAAGUUAAACCGCCCUUUGUUCCAAAAGUUAAAAGUGCAGGAGAUACAAGUAAUUUUGACCCAUUCGAUGAAAAACCACUGCCAGUUUCCAACAAGAACUUGUAUGAACAAGAAUUCAAAGACUUCUGA